AUGAAUUUUCAUACGUAGUGUACAUAAACAAUCAUGUGCACGUGUGUCAAAACAAUUACCUAUUCCAUUUCUUCCGUGCCAGCAGUUUUAUAGAUUAAAUUGAUAUUUCUUUAACUUCUACCAUUAAUUACAAUGAAGCGAUUAAGUGACGAACGUGCAAAAAUUCUGUUCGAAAAGUUAUCGAAAUACAUUGGCACUAAUGUAAAACAACUGAUUGACCGCCCCGAUGGCACUUAUUGCUUUCGUGAGCACAGGGAUCGCGUUUACUACGUAUCGGAACGUAUACUCAAAUUGUCUGAAUGUUUUGGACCAGAAAAAUUAGUUUGUGUUGGCACUUGUUUUGGCAAAUUCUCGAAGACGAACAAACUGAAGUUCCACAUUACCGCACUUUACUAUUUGGCACCUUACGCACAGUAUAAAGUUUGGGUAAAACCAUCAUUUGAACAACAGUACCUGUACGGUAAUCAUAUAGCCAAAUCGGGCUUAGGCCGUAUCACAGAAAAUGCUGGUCAAUAUCAAGGUGUUGUGGUGUACUCUAUGAAUGACUUACCAUUAGGAUUCGGUGUGUUAGCGCGUUCUACAACAGAAUGUAAGACUGCAGAUCCCAUGACAACUGUUUGUUUCCAUCAGUCCGAUAUUGGUGAAUAUAUAAGAUCGGAAGAAACGCUUUUCUAGUUUUAGAUAUCUAUAACGGUUAGGUUUGUGUAAUAUAUCCGAAAAAGUUGGGGCGAAAAUAAAAUUAUUUUUUUAAUAAUA